AUGGAAACCAAGCAAGCUCUGGAGCGGCGGAUUCUUUUAAUUGGGAGUUAUAAAAAGCUAUUGGUAGGUUUCGAUCCAUCAUUCACAUUGAUUUAUAGUUUGACAGUUUAUGUGCUGCUGCCGAAAGAUACGAGAGACAUGUCCAGUACCACGAUGUCUACUACCUCUACUUCAAGAUUAAUGAGAACACCAUUAUUAUCGAACUUACGCUGGCUGGCACGGUAAUUUCUUUUUUUUUACUGGGCUGAUCAAGAGUCGAUAAAUUUUGAGGACAUUUUUCAUCGUAUAUUAUGUCUUGCGCAGGUCGCAUCUUUUUAAUUUAUAUUUUUUUACGAAUUUUUGGUUUGAAAGUGUGUAAUUAUUAGCAAAAUCUUCAAUUUUAAAUUGUCUCGAUGAACCUUUGGACCAAAAUAUUUAAAUUUUGAAUUUAAGGAGCACACUGGAGCUCGUGAGAUGGCCAUUAGAAAUUCAGAUGGAGUGAUUAUUUGUUACGCUGCCAAUUAUCCGGCUUCGUUUAACGAGCUGGCUUCGCUCAAUGAAGACUUUAAGAUGCGCAAAAACAAAAACGUAAGUAGUUUUGGAUGUUACGAGCAGUUUUAAGCUGAAAAACCUUGAACUUGCUUGUAAUGUGUUCUCUUUUUCUUGUAAAUUGAUCGUUGUUUCCACAAAACUGAACCUUUAUCUAUGUUGAAAUAUUGUUUUGUCAAAGAAAAUUCAAAUGUUGUAGUUGUUAUCAAUCUAGGUGUCCAAAAAUGACGUGAUUGUUCAGAUUUUAUUGCUUUGUGACGAAUUGUGUUGAUAUACAUGUAUGUGGUUAUCAAGACUCUUUUGACUGCUUAUUCAUCACAAUCCUAUGUACAUAUUUGUUAUCAAGCUUAUUCACGGCCAAUCCUCGAAACGCUUAAGUGACGUGAAGUUAACGCUGAUUAGAGAACCGUUCCCUUUUCUGUGAUUACCUUUUAUCACUUAACAAACAAUAUAAUGUUGACAAUUGUUACCUAGUUUAAAGAAACAAUCUUAAAAUAACAAAAUUUAACUAUUUUUUGGUCAGGAAGUAUACAGAAUUGAUCUUUUCCUUUUGUUAUUGCCUUCUUUAAAGUUUCUAUUUACUUUUUGACCAAUACAAGGUCGUGACAUACGAAAGAAAUUAUAGCACAAAUCUUUUUAGGCCCCAAUCCUACUGGUCCGAAAUGAAGAUGAGUAUGUUGAGUUAGAUCCAGUUGAGAGCUCUUCUUCCCAAACUGGAUCGUCAGACAAAGAUGACAUUUCUAGAAACACAAAUGAACAAGCUGACGAUGAGAACAAAACAAUGAUUACAUCAGAACAAGUAAGGGAUUCAAAAUAGUAUUAGAGUAGCCUUCGUAAACAUAAAGUUGUGUUAAGAUUGUUUGUCAAUACGAAAUGACAUUAGUAAUGACAUUAGCAUCGCCUCCAAACUUAGAAUACUAUUAGUAGCCGCUGUAAACAUAAAAUAACACUAGUAUUGUUGUUCAGGACCAAGAACUGGCCAAGGAAUUGAAUUGCGAGACGAUGGCGUUGAAACUGUCAGAAGCAGGUCCCAUGGAUAAUAUUAUACUGGACUUUGUGAAGAAGGUGUUGGAUACGGACAGGAGACAACGUAGGAGAUCUACGUUGAUGGACGGACUGAAGCAUCUGAAUGUGAUCACGCUGAAUAAGCUGAGGAAGUCUGACAAAGACUCCUCGAGUCAUUCUAGCACUUCUGACAUCAGUCCUGAAGCAGAUCAGGAGAAUGUUGAUAGUAAAAGUGAUAAGGAAGACGGAAAAGGUACUAAAGAGAAAAAGUGUACCAAAGACGACAAAAAAAGUACGAAAGACUCUGACAGUGAUAAGGAUGACAAACUCAGUGUCAAAAAUUCAGAAUCCGAUCUAGAAACCAGGUCGACUCCAGCUACACCGUCCAACAACCGCAGCUUUUUACGGACUUUCAAACGGAAUCAGACGGCACCGUCGUCCCAGAAGGGCAGUAGCCAGCAUAGCCACGCAACAACGACACAAUCAAAAGUGUGUGCCGUAAUGUGA